CACGUGGCGGAGGGAUACCACACAUCUUUGUCGGCUCGCAGGUUUCGGGUGCUAGCAGCGCGAGGACGGCGGAUGCAGAGCGGCAGCUUCCUGUCGGUGCAGCUCGCAUACAUGAGAUCAGGGUGAGAUACGUGCAGACUGCUGUCUGCCUCUUUUUUCUCCCUGCAGCAGCUCACUCUGCACCCGGCUGCCACCAUGGCCUUCGUGCCAGCGCCCAGUCCCACCGUGGUCGACCAGACCACGCUAAUGAAGAAGUACCUGCAGUUUGUGGCAGCGCUCACAGACACCAACACACCUGACGAAACCAAGCUGAAGAUGAUGCAGGAGGUCAGCGAGAACUUUGAGAAUGUGACCUCUUCACCUCAGUACUCCACCUUCUUGGAGCACAUCAUCCCUCGCUUCCUCACGUUUCUUCAGGAUGGAGAGGUGCAGUUCCUUCAGGAAAAACCGACACAGCAACUGAGGAAGCUUGUGCUGGAAAUCAUCCACCGCAUCCCGACAAAUGAGCAUCUGCGUCCACACACCAAGAACAUCCUGUCUGUGAUGUUUCGCUUCUUGGAGAUUGAAAGUGAGGAAAAUGUGCUGAUAUGCCUUCGUAUCAUCAUCGAGCUGCACAAACAGUUCCGUCCUCCCAUUUCUCAGGAGAUUCAUCACUUUCUUGACUUUGUGAAGCAGAUUUAUAAAGACCUUCCAAAAGUUGUGGCCCGGUACUUUGAGAACCCACAGGUGAUCGCAGAGAACACGGUUCCCUCCCCGGAGAUGGUGGGAAUGAUCACGUCUGUGUUGGUUAAAACGGCACCUGAGAGGGAAGACAGUGAAACGCGGACGCACACCAUCAUCCCACGAGGAUCUUUGUCUCUGAAGGUUCUGGCCGAGCUGCCCAUCAUUGUGGUGCUGAUGUAUCAGCUCUACAAGCUGAACAUUCACAACGUGGUGUCAGAGUUCGUUCCUCUCAUCAUGAACACCAUCAUGCUCCAGGUGUCUCCACAGGCCAGGCAACACAAGCUUUACAACAAGGAGCUGUACGCCGACUUCAUCGCCGCUCAGAUCAAGACUCUGUCAUUUCUGGCCUACAUCAUCCGCAUCUACCAGGACCUGGUGGGGAAGUAUUCUCAGCAGAUGGUGAAGGGCAUGCUGCAGCUGCUGUCCAACUGCCCCUCUGAGACGGCUCACCUUCGCAAGGAGCUGCUCAUUGCGGCCAAGCACAUCCUCACAACUGACCUACGCAGCCAGUUCAUCCCUUGUAUGGACAAACUUUUUGAUGAAUCCAUCCUGAUCGGCUCUGGCUACACCGCCCGAGAGACUCUCAGACCCCUGGCCUACAGCACACUCGCAGACCUGGUGCACCAUGUUCGUCAGAACUUGCCCCUGACAGAUUUAUCCCUCGCCGUGCAGCUCUUUGCCAAAAACAUCGACGACGAGUCUCUCCCUAGUAACAUUCAGACCAUGUCGUGCAAGUUGUUGCUCAAUUUGGUGGACUGCAUCCGCUUAAAGUCGGAGCAGGAGAACGGCCAUGGACGGGACAUUCUGAUGAGGAUGCUGGAGGUGUUUGGGCUGAAGUUCCACACGAUUGCGCGCUACCAGCUCCCCUCCAUCUUCAAGAAGUGCAAGCCUCAGUCAGAGAUGGGUGUAGUUGACCCGGGGGUGUUGCCCGGAGUCCCAGCCACACCCACUCCAUCCACCUUGCCUGCUAUUCCACCUCCCGCUCCUCCCACACCCGUUGCCACUCCUUCCGCUCCGCCGUCAGCGGCCUUUGACCGAGCCGGUGAGAAAGAAGACAAGCAGACAUUUCAGGUGUCUGACUGCCGCAGCCUGGUGAAGACGCUGGUGUGUGGAGUGAAGACCAUAACGUGGGGCAUCAGCUCGUGCAAAGCCCCAGGAGAGGCUCAGUUUAUUCCUAACAAACAGCUUCAGCCAAAAGAGACGCAAAUCUACAUCAAGCUAGUCAAAUAUGCCAUGCAGGCCUUGGACAUCUACCAGGUUCAGGUUGCCAAUAACCAGCAAACGUACAUCAGAGUGGCCAACUGUCAGACUGUACGCAUGAAGGAGGAGAAGGAGGUUCUGGAGCAUUUUGCCGGGGUCUUCACCAUGAUGAACCCUCUCACCUUCAAGGAGAUAUUUCAGACAACUGUGCCAUACAUGGUAGAGAGGAUCUCCAAGAACUACGCACUACAGAUUGUGGCAAACUCUUUCCUUGCCAACCUGUCGACAUCUGCUCUGUUUGCCACCAUCCUGGUUGAGUAUCUUCUGGAAAGACUGCCAGAGAUGGGCUCAAACGUUGAGCUUUCAAACCUCUACCUCAAGCUUUUCAAACUCGUCUUUGGCUCAGUGUCACUGUUUGCUGCUGAGAAUGAGCAGAUGCUGAAGCCACACCUUCAUAAGAUUGUGAACAGCUCCAUGGAACUGGCCCAGUCAGCUAAGGAGCCGUACAACUACUUCCUGCUUCUCCGGGCUCUCUUCAGAUCUAUCGGUGGAGGCAGCCACGACUUACUCUACCAGGAGUUUUUACCUCUUCUCCCAAAUCUGCUGCAAGGUCUGAACAUGCUGCAGAGUGGCCUCCACAAGCAGCACAUGAAGGACUUGUUUGUGGAGUUGUGCUUGACGGUGCCAGUGCGCCUGAGCUCCUUGCUGCCGUACUUGCCCAUGCUAAUGGACCCACUGGUGUCCGCCCUCAACGGCUCUCAGACUCUGGUCAGUCAGGGCCUUCGCACGCUGGAGCUGUGCGUCGACAACCUGCAGCCCGACUUCCUCUACGACCACAUUCAGCCGGUCAGAGCUGAGCUGAUGCAGGCCUUGUGGCGUACCCUGCGUAAUCCAGCAGAGAGCAUCUCUCACGUAGCUUAUCGGGUGUUGGGGAAGUUUGGAGGCAGCAACAGGAAGAUGCUGAAGGAGUCUCAGAGGCUGCAUUAUGUGGUGACCGAGGUCCAGGGGCCCAGCAUCAAGGCUGAAUUCACCGACUGCAAGGCCUCCAUACAGCUACCCAUGGAGAAAGCAAUAGAGACGGCUCUCGACUGUCUGAAGAGCGCCAACACAGAGCCCUACUAUAGACGACAAGCCUGGGAGGUCAUCAAGUGUUUCCUGGUGGCCAUGACCAGUUUGGAUGACAACAAGCAUGCUCUCUACCAGCUCCUGUCUCAUCCAAACUUCACUGAGAAGUGGAUUCCCAGUGUCAUCAUCUCUCACCGCUACAAAGCACAGGACACGCCUGCUCGCAGAACAUUUGAACAGGCCCUGACCGGGGCUUUCAUGUCUGCUGUGAUAAAGGACCUGAGGCCCAGUGCGCUGCCCUUCGUAGCUAGUCUGAUUCGCCAUUACACCAUGGUGGCUGUGGCGCAGCAGUGUGGUCCAUUCCUGCUGCAGUGCUAUCAGCUGGGCAGCCAGCCAAGCACAGCCAUGUUCCACAGUGAGGAGAAUGGCUCUAAGGGCAUGGAUCCACUGGUUCUCAUUGAUGCCAUAGCCAUCUGCAUGGCUUACGAGGAGAAAGAGCUGUGCAAAAUUGGAGAAGUGGCACUGGCUGUCAUCUUUGACGUGGCCAGCAUCAUCCUCGGGUCCAAGGAGAGGGCUUGUCAGCUGCCUUUGUUUUCGUACAUCGUGGAGCGUCUGUGCGCCUGCUGCUACGAGCAGGCCUGGUACGCCAAGCUGGGCGGUGUGGUGUCCAUAAAGUUCCUGAUGGAGAGGCUGCCUCUGAUCUGGGUGCUGCAGAACCAGCUCACCUUCCUGAAGGCCCUGCUCUUUGUCAUGAUGGACCUCACAGGAGAGGUGUCAAACGGAGCAGUAGCCAUGGCUAAGACCACGCUGGAGCAGUUGCUGGUGCGCUGUGCCACUCCGCUGAAAGAUGAAGAGAAGACGGAGGAGCUGCUGGUCGCCCAGGACAAGUCCUUCCACAUGGUCACGCACGACCUGGUCCGAGAGGUGACCUCCCCCAACUCCACUGUCAGGAAGCAGGCCAUGCACUCUCUGCAGGUGCUGGCCCAGGUCACCGGCAAGAGUGUCACUGUCAUCAUGGAACCACACAAAGAGGUGUUGCAAGAUAUGGUUCCCCCCAAGAAGCACCUGCUCCGCCACCAGCCGGCCAACGCCCAGAUCGGCCUGAUGGAGGGCAACACGUUCUGCACCACCCUGCAGCCACGCCUCUUCACGAUGGACCUGAACGUCAUGGAGCACAAGGUGUUCUACACAGAGCUGUUGAACCUGUGUGAGGCAGAGGAUGCUGCUCUGAUGAAGUUGCCCUGUUAUAAGAGUCUUCCCUCCCUGGUUCCUCUGCGAAUUGCUGCCCUCAAUGCUCUGGCAGCCUGUAAUUACUUGCCACAGUCCAGAGAGAAGAUCAUCGCUGCUCUCUUCAAAGCUCUCAACUCCACCAACAAUGAGCUACAAGAGGCAGGAGAGGCCUGUAUGAGGAAGUUCCUGGAAGGAGCUACUAUUGAAGUGGAUCAGAUCCACACACACAUGCGUCCUCUGCUCAUGAUGCUGGGUGAUUACCGCAGCCUGACGCUCAACGUGGUCAACCGCCUCACCUCUGUCACGCGCCUCUUCCCCAACUCCUUCAAUGACAAGUUCUGUGACCAGAUGAUGCAACACCUGAGGAAGUGGAUGGAGGUGGUUGUAAUAACACACAAAGGAGGUCAGCGCAGCGAUGGCAGUCCUGCGUUGGAAGGUGUUGAGGAGAUGAAGAUCUGCUCUGCCAUCAUUAACCUUUUCCACCUGAUCCCAGCCGCACCUCAGACUCUGGUCAAACCUCUGCUGGAGGUCGUCAUGAAGACAGAGAGGGCGAUGCUCAUCGAGGCCGGCAGUCCAUUCAGGGAGCCUUUGAUCAAGUUUCUGACACGUCACCCGUCGCAGACAGUGGAGCUGUUCAUGAUGGAGGCUACGCUCAACGACCCCCAGUGGAGCCGCAUGUUCAUGAGUUUUCUGAAACACAAAGAUGCCAAGCCUCUCAGGGACGUGCUGGCCUCCAAUCCCAACCGCUUUGUCCCCCUGCUGCUUCCUGCCGGCACUGCAGCGACUGUUCGACCAGGGUCUCCUUCCACCACCACAGCCAGGCUGGACCUGCAGUUUCAGGCCAUAAAGAUCAUCAGCAUCAUAGUGAAGAAUGAUGAAGGUUGGCUGGCCGGGCAGCACUCGCUGGUCAGCCAGCUCAGGCGGGUCUGGGUCAGCGAGGCCUUCCAGGAAAGACAUCGCAAAGACAACAUGGCCGCCACGAACUGGAAGGAGCCCAAGCUGCUGGCCUUCUGUCUGCUGAGCUACUGCAAGCGCAACUACUCGGAGAUCGAGCUGCUCUUCCAGCUGCUGCGUGCCUUCACGGGUCGUUUCCUGUGCAACAUGACCUUCCUGAAGGAAUACAUGGAGGAGGAGAUUCCCCGCAACUACUCCAUCGCCCAGAAGCGGGCGCUGUUCUUCCGCUUCGUUGAGUUCAACGACCCACACUUCAACGACGAGCUCAAAGCCAAGGUGCUGCAGCACAUCUUGAAUCCAGCUUUCUUGCACAGCUUUGAGAAAGGAGAAGGCGAGCAGCUGCUUGGACCGCCCAACCCGGAGGGAGACAACCCUGAAAGCAUCACCAGUGUCUUCAUCACCAAGGUUCUGGACCCUGAGAAGCAGGCUGACCUGCUGGACUCGCUGAGAAUCUGCCUGCUGCAGUUCUCCACCCUGCUGGUGGAACACGCCCCCCACCACAUCCACGACAACAACAAGUCGCGCAACAGCAAGCUGCGGCGCCUCAUGACGUUCGCGUGGCCGUGCCUGCUGCCCAAAGCCUGUGUGGACCCCGCCUGUAAAUACAGCGGCCACUUACUCCUGGCUCACAUCAUCGCCAAGUUUGCCAUUCACAAGAAGAUCGUCCUGCAGGUCUUCCACAGUCUGCUGAAGGCCCACACCAUGGAAGCACGAGCCAUUGUGCGACAGGCCAUGGCUAUACUGACCCCAGCUGUUCCCGCCCGCAUGGAAGACGGCCACCAGAUGUUGACCCACUGGACACGAAAGAUUAUAGUGGAGGAGGGACACACGGUGCCACAGCUGGUCCACAUACUCCAUCUCAUCGUGCAGCACUUCAGGGUCUACUACCCCGUGCGCCACCACCUGGUGCAGCACAUGAUCAGUGCAAUGCAGCGCCUCGGCUUCACCCCCAGCGUGACCAUCGAGCAGAGGAAACUGGCCGUGGAACUGGCUGAGGUGGUCAUCAAGUGGGAGCUACAGAGGAUCAAAGACCAACAGCCGGAGUCUGAGGGUGAAGUCGCCGCCGCUGGUAGUGGUGGUGGUGGUGCUGCUGGUGGUGGUGGUGGUGGUGGUGAAGGAACCAGUGGGGCAGCAGUGAAGAGGGGAAUCUCUCUGGACGCAGCGGCCACCGGUCAGGACGUCAAGAGGUUCCGCACAGCAACCGGAGCGGCCUCCACGGUGUUUGGCCGCACCCAGUCCAUGCCAGGUACAGAGACAAUGCUCACCAAACCUGUGGAGAAACAACACACAGAUACGGUGGUCAACUUCCUGAUCAGGAUUGCAUGUCAGGUGAACGACAGCACAAAUGUGGCCGGGUCUCCAGGAGAGCUGCUGUCGCGUCGCUGUGUCAGCCUGAUGAAAACUGCCCUGAGGCCUGACAUGUGGCCUCGCGCCGAGCUCAAGCUGCAGUGGUUUGACAAGCUGCUCAUGACAGUGGAACAACCAGCGCAGGCGAACAUCUCCAACAUCUGCACGGGCCUGGAGAUUCUGUGCUUCUUGCUGAAUGUGCUUCAGUCUCCGGCAAUCCUCGCCCACUUCAAGCCCCUGCAGCGAGGAAUCGCCGCGUGCAUGACCUGCGGUAACACCAAAGUCCUGCGGGCCGUCCACUCCCUUCUUUCUCGCCUCAUGAGCAUCUUUCCCACUGAGCCCAGCACCUCCAAUGUUGCAUCCAAGUAUGAAGAACUGGAAUGUCUGUAUGCUGCUGUGGGCAAAGUCAUCUAUGAGGGACUGACCAACUAUGAAAAAGCCACAAGUAACACUAACCCCACACAGCUCUUUGGAACACUGAUGAUCCUGAAGUCGGCCUGCAGCCAAAACGCCAGCUACAUCGACCGCCUCAUCUCUGUCUUCAUGCGAUCGCUACAGAAGAUGGUGCGGGAACACCUGAGCCCCCAGACGGCCACUCCAGGCGUGACGGAGACCAGCACAGUGACCAGUGAGCUGGUGAUGCUCAGUCUCGACCUGGUGAAGACCCGGCUCUCCGUCAUGAGCAUGGAAAUGAGGAAGAACUUCAUCCAGGUCAUCCUCACAUCGCUGAUCGAGAAGUCACCAGACCCCAAAAUCCUCCGCGCCGUCGUCAAGAUCGUGGAGGAGUGGGUGAAAAACAACUCCCCCAUGGCUGCCAACCAGAUGCCAAACCUGCGCGAGAAGUCCAUCCUGCUGGUGAAGAUGAUGACCUACAUAGAGAAACGUUUCCCCGAUGAACUUGAGUUAAACGCCCAGUUCCUGGACCUCGUUAAUUACGUCUACAGGGAUGAGAGCCUCUCGGGAAGUGACAUCACCUCCAAGCUGGAGCCGGCGUUCCUCUCGGGGCUGCGCUGCACUCAGCCGCUGAUCCGAGCCAAGUUCUUUGAGGUGUUUGACGCCUCCAUGAAGCGGCGGGUCUACGAGAGGCUGCUGUACAUCUGCUGCUCUCAGAACUGGGAGGCCAUGGGCAGCCACUUCUGGAUCAAACAGUGCAUAGAGCUUCUGCUGGCGGUGUGCGAGCGAAACACCAUCAUCGGCACCAGCUGUCAGGGAUCCAUGCUGCCGUCUAUCACCAACGUCAUCAACCUGGCCGACAGCCACGACCGUGCAGCGUUUGCCAUGGCAACACACAUCAAGCAGGAGCCGCGUGAGAGGGAGAACAGCGAGACCAAGGAGGAGGAUGUGGAAAUAGACAUAGAGUUGGCACCAGGUGACCAGACGGCCAUCCCCAAGACCAAGGAGCAGGCGGAGAGGGACACGGGCAACCAGCUGCACAUGCUGACCAACCGCCACGACAAGUUCCUUGAUUCACUGAGGGAAGUCAAGACGGGCGCUCUGCUCAACGCUCUGGUCCAGCUCUGCCACAUCGCCACUCCACUGGCUGAGAGAACCUGGGUCCAGCUCUUCCCUCGACUCUGGAAGAUUCUCUCUGAUCGACAGCAGCACGCGUUGUCAGGCGAAAUGAGUCCCUUCCUGUGCAGCGGCAGCCACCAGGCGCAGCGGGACUGUCAGCCCAGUGCUCUCAACUGCUUCGUGGAGGCCAUGUCCCAGUGUGUUCCUCCUAUUCCCAUCCGCCCCUGCGUGCUCAAGUACCUGGGCAAGACACACAACCUGUGGCUCCGCUCCACGCUGAUGCUGGAGCAGCAGGCCUUUGAAAAGGGCCUCAGCCUGCACAGCAAGCCCAAGCAGAGCACAGAGUUCUAUGAGCAGGAGAGCAUCACGCCACCUCAGCAGGAGAUUUUGGACUCUUUAGCAGAGCUUUACUCUCUGCUCCAAGAGGAGGACAUGUGGGCAGGUCUGUGGCAGAAGAGGUGCAAGUUCCCCGAGACGGCCACUGCCAUUGCCUACGAGCAACAUGGCUUCUUUGAACAGGCCCAGGAGAGCUAUGAGAAAGCAAUGGAAAAGGCUAGAAAAGAGCAUGAGAGGAACAACGUGUCUCCGGCUGUUUUCCCCGAGUAUCAGCUGUGGGAGGACCACUGGAUACGAUGCUCGAAGGAAUUGAACCAAUGGGAGCCUCUGACAGAAUAUGGCCAGUCUAAAGGUCACUCUAACCCAUAUCUGGUGCUUGAGUGUGCUUGGAGGAUUUCCAACUGGGCUGCAAUGAAGGAGGCUCUGGUGCAGGUGGAGCUGAGCUGUCCCAAAGAGAUGGCCUGGAAGGUCAACAUGCACCGCGGCUACCUGGCCAUUUGCCACCCGGAGGAGCAGCAGCUCAACUUCAUAGAGCGGCUGGUGGAGAUGGCCUCCAGCCUGGCCAUCCGCGAGUGGAGGAGGCUGCCUCACAUCGUCUCCCAUGUGCACACGCCGCUGCUUCAGGCUGCACAGCAGAUCAUUGAGCUGCAGGAAGCUGCUCAAAUUAACGCCGGGCUUCAGCCAGCUAACCUGGGCCGUAACACCAGCCUCCAUGACAUGAAGACAGUGGUGAAAACCUGGAGGAACAGGCUGCCUAUCGUUUCUGACGACCUGUCACACUGGAGCAGCAUUUUCAUGUGGCGCCAGCACCACUACCAAGCCAUCGUGACGGCGUAUGAGACAAACACGCAGCACGAUCCAAACAACAACAACGCCAUGUUAGGAGUUCACGCCUCGGCCUCUGCUAUCAUCCAGUACGGCAAGAUAGGACGCAAACAGGGUUUGGUCAACGUGGCUCUGGACAUUCUGAGUCGUAUCCACACCAUCCCCACCGUGCCCAUCGUUGACUGUUUCCAGAAGAUCAGACAGCAGGUCAAGUGUUAUUUGCAGCUGGCUGGUGUCAUGGGAAAGAAUGAAUGCAUGCAAGGUUUGGAGGUGAUAGAGUCGACCAACCUGAAGUACUUCACCAAGGAGAUGACGGCAGAGUUCUAUGCUCUGAAGGGCAUGUUUCUGGCUCAGAUCAACAAGUCAGAGGAAGCCAACAAGGCCUUUUCAGCGGCCGUGCAGAUGCACGAUGUCCUGGUGAAAGCGUGGGCCAUGUGGGGCGACUAUCUGGAGAACAUCUUUGUCAAGGACCGACAGCUCCACUUGGGAGUCUCUGCCAUCACCUGCUACCUGCACGCCUGCCGCCACCAGAACGAGAGCAAGUCCCGAAAAUACCUGGCAAAGGUUUUGUGGCUACUCAGCUUCGAUGACAAGAACACCCUUGCGGAUGCUGUGGACAAGUACUGCAUUGGAGUGCCGCCCAUCCAGUGGUUGGCAUGGAUACCACAGCUUCUGACAUGCCUGGUUGGUUCAGAAGGAAAACCCCUGCUUAACUUAAUCAGCCAGGUGGGACGAGUGUACCCUCAGGCGGUCUACUUCCCCAUCCGCACCCUUUACCUGACGCUCAAGAUCGAACAGCGAGAGCGCUACAAAAGUGAUGCAUCUGGACAACAGCAGCCCAGUUCAGUGGGGAACCAGCCUCACUCAGGUGCCUCUGACCCGGGUCCUAUACGGGCCACUGCACCCAUGUGGCGCUGCAGCCGGAUUAUGCACAUGCAGCGAGAACUACACCCCACCCUACUGUCCUCCCUGGAGGGCAUCGUCGACCAGAUGGUGUGGUUCAGGGAGAACUGGCACGAAGAGGUGUUGCGGCAGCUCCAGCAGGGUCUGGCUAAGUGCUACUCAGUGGCGUUUGAGAAGAGUGGCGCGGUGUCCGACGCCAAGAUCACACCGCACACCCUCAACUUUGUCAAGAAGCUCGUGAGCACCUUCGGCGUGGGCUUGGAGAACGUGUCCAACGUCUCUACCAUGUUCUCCAGCGCCGCCUCCGAGUCGCUGGCCCGCCGGGCCCAGGCCACAGCCCAGGACCCUGUGUUCCAGAAGAUGAAGGGACAGUUCACCACAGACUUUGACUUCAGCGUGCCGGGCUCCAUGAAGCUCCACAAUCUCAUCUCCAAGCUAAAAAAGUGGAUCAAGAUUCUCGAGGCGAAGACCAAGCAGCUGCCCAAGUUCUUCCUCAUCGAGGAGAAAUGCCGCUUCCUCAGCAACUUCUCUGCACAGACAGCUGAGGUGGAGAUCCCCGGGGAGUUCCUCAUGCCCAAACCUACGCACUACUACAUCAAGAUCGCAAGGUUCAUGCCCAGAGUGGAAAUUGUCCAGAAACACAAUACAGCGGCACGUCGGCUCUAUAUCCGUGGCCACAAUGGCAAAAUCUACCCGUACCUGGUGAUGAACGACGCCUGUCUGACCGAGUCACGCCGCGAGGAGAGGGUCCUGCAGCUCCUGCGUCUCCUCAACCCCUGUCUGGAGAAGAGAAAGGAGACCACCAAGAGGCACCUCUUCUUCACUGUUCCCAGAGUGGUGGCAGUGUCGCCUCAGAUGCGACUGGUGGAGGACAACCCUUCCUCUCUGUCACUGGUGGAAAUCUACAAACAGCGCUGCGCCAAGAAGGGCAUCGAACACGACAACCCAAUCUCCAGAUACUACGAUCGUCUGGCCACCGUGCAGGCUCGGGGCACACAGGCCAGCCACCAGGUGCUGCGGGACAUCCUGAAGGAGGUGCAGGGGAACAUGGUUCCCCGCAGCAUGCUGAAGGAGUGGGCCCUCCACACUUUCCCCAAUGCCACCGAUUACUGGACCUUCCGGAAGAUGUUCACCAUCCAGCUGGCUCUCAUCGGUCUGGCUGAGUUCAUGCUCCACCUCAACAGGCUCAAUCCUGAGAUGCUGCAGAUAGCACAGGACACGGGGAAACUCAACGUCUCCUACUUCCGCUUUGACAUCAACGACGCCACAGGCGACCUGGACGCUAACCGGCCCGUUCCGUUCCGCCUGACUCCGAACAUCUCUGAGUUCCUGACCACCAUCGGCGUCUCUGGCCCACUCACCGCGUCCAUGAUCGCUGUGGCGCGAUGCUUCGCACAGCCCAACUUUAAGGUCGACGGCAUCCUGAAGGCCGUCCUCCGCGACGAGAUCAUCGCGUGGCACAAGAAGACCCAGGAGGACACGUCCAUGCCGCUGUCCCCUGCCGGCCAGCCGGAGAACAUGGACUCUCAGCAGCUGGUGUCGCUGGUCCAGAAGGCCGUGACGGCCAUCAUGACCCGCCUCUAUAACCUGGCUCAGUUUGAGGGAGGGGAGAGCAAAGUUAACACGCUGGUGGCCGCAGCCAACAGUCUGGACAAUCUGUGCCGCAUGGAUCCUGCCUGGCACCCGUGGCUCUGAGAGGACAGAGGACAUGAGGACAUGAGGACAUAUGAGGUGUUUGUGUUUAAUAUAUGUUGCUCUUCACUGUAACACAUGACCGGCGGACAUUUUUGGACGGGAGGAAGCAAAGUGAAACAGGCUCGUCUCUUCGUACUUCAACCUCUAUUUAUUUUUAUAACUAAAUGAAAAGACAGACCUGUGUGUGUGUGCGUGUGCGCGUCUGUGUGUGUGUGUGUGUGUGUGUGUGUGUGUGUCUGUCUGUGCUGCCAUUGUCCAACAGGACGAACACUGGAACAGGAACCAUCAUGAGCCAUUCAAUCGAGGCUAAAUAUUCGUUUUUUUCUUCUCGGAAUUUUAACGGAAAACUACCCACAAAUUUGUAUUUUUUUAUUUAAAGAGAAAACCAUGUUUCUUCUUCUUCUUCUUCUUCUUCUUUUUGUCCCUGUCACAUGAGGAGGACACUUGUCCUUGGAAAUAAUGGAUGAUGCAGAUUGAGUGAAAAUGACGAAUCCAAACGCUGUUUAAUUGUACAUUUUUUUUGUUUUUCCCUGUCAUUUUGUCAUAAAGUGAAACUGCUCAUGUGCUAAUGCAUUCCCAGGCUGACUGUGGUGUGUGUACCUUUUCCUUUUUUAAAGGUACGAAGCCUUUUUCCAACACAAGUUUUACCUCCUGCCCUGUAAAUAAGCAUUUUGUUUUAAUAAAAUGCUUCUUUAUAUAAUACACAACCUCA